GUGAAAUAAAAGAGAGGAAAUACACAAAAAUCUUUGAGUCAUAAUAUAUUAGCUACUAGAGCUGAGAAAAUAUAUAUAAUGGCUUCUAGUGUAUGGAUGUGGAGUCUUCUGAUUUUGGUUUUAGUGAGUGCACUUUAUGUUAGUGUAGUUGAUGCUCGAACACCUAAAACCUAUAAUGUGCAGAGUUUUGGUGCUCUUCCAAACGGCAAAACCGACAGCAGUGAGGCAUUGCUUGCAGCAUGGGACCUGGCAUGCAAAGAUAGCGGUAGUACGGUGCUGUUCCCUAACAGUGGCAAAUUCUUAUUGGACCCGGUGACGCUGAACGGCCCAUGUGCUGGCCCAAUAACAUUUCAAAUGGAUGGCGUUUUGAAGGCCCCCAAGAACAAUUUUCUAACAGAAGAGCAAUGGAUACUCUUUAAUAAUCUACGCAACCUGACGGUGGGCGGUCGCGGUGGUACUUUUGACGGCCAGGGUGCUUAUGCAUGGAAGGUCAACCCUUGCAAAGUUAAAAAGGAUUGCACCCCAUUUCCUUCGAAUAUCAAAUUCAACGGUGUGGAAUACGGGGUUAUUGAUGGGAUAAGCUCGAUGAAUAGCAAAUAUUUUCACAUCAUAGUUGACAAUAGCGAGCACAUUGAAAUACGAAAUGUGAAUAUUUAUGCACCUUGGGAUAGUCCCAACACAGAUGGAAUUCACAUCAGUCGAACGAGCAAUGUGUAUGCUCACAAUCUUGAUAUCAGCACCGGGGAUGAUUGUAUUUCAUUAGGGCCAGGAAGCGUAAAUAUUGAGGUGUAUGAGACAAGAUGUGGCCCUGGCCAUGGCAUUAGCAUCGGAAGCUUGGGAAAGUAUGAAAAUGAAGAAGAUGUGAGUGGAAUUAUAGUGCACAAUUGCACUCUCACCAACACCACCAAUGGCGUCCGGAUCAAAACAUGGGCCCCUUCUCCUUCAAGCAAUGUCUUCAAUGUUACUUUUCAGGAUAUCAUUUUGAACCAGGUCCGAAACGCAGUUGUCGUGGAUCAACAUUACUGUCCCUAUCAGGCAUGUCCACAACAGGGAGAGUCUCAAGUUCAAAUCUCAAAUGUCAAGUUCAUAAACAUUGUUGGUACCUCUGAUGAUGAAGUGUCUGUAGUUAUGAAAUGCAGUGAAGACAAACCUUG